UCGGAGAGAGCAGAACUUUGCUGUUUGAGGCUCAAGUGAAGAGUUUACUGAAGGACAGCGAGAACAUGAGUGAUCCAGAACCCUGCAGAAUUAAACCUGAAGAUACUGAACAACAAAUAGACCUAAUUGAAGAAAAUGUGGCGAGUAAAGAGGAAGAACAUCAUGUCAAAGUUGAGGAAAAAUAUCUUAAGAUUCACAUGAGUAUGAUUCACACUGGAGAAAAAUCAUUGACAUGCACUCAGUGUGGGAAGAGCUUUAGCCAAUUAUCAAACCUUAAUAAACACAUGAAGAUCCACACUGGAGAGAAACCAUUCACAUGCACUCAGUGUGGGAAGAGUUUUAGCCAAUCAUCGUCCCUUAAUCUACAUUUGAGAAUCCACACUGGAGAGAAACCAUUCAGAUGCACUCAGUGUGGGAAGAGUUUCAGCCAAUCAUCAUCCCUUAAUCUACACAUGAGGAUUCACACUGGAAAGAAACCAUUCACAUGUACUCAGUGUGGCAAGAGCUUCAACCAAUCAUCAAACCUUAAUCAACACAUGAAGAUUCACACUGGAGAAAAACCAUUUACAUGCAUUCAGUGUGGGAAGAGUUUCAGCCAAUCAUCAAACCUUAAUCACCACAUGAGGAUCCACACUGGAGAGAAACCAUUCACAUGUACUCGGUGUGGGAAGAGUUUCAGCCAGUCAUCAUCCCUUAAUCUACACAUGAAGAGCCACACUGGUGUGAGAGAGUAUGUUUGCUUUGAGUGUGAGAAAACCUUUAUUACAUCUGGAGAAUUGAAACUGCACCAGAGGAAUCACGCUGGGGAGAAACCGUACAAGUGUUCACACUGCGACAAGAGGUUUAAUCAGUCAGAACAUCUGAAAAGACAUGAGAGCAUUCACACUGGAGAGAAACCGUACGAGUGUUCACACUGCAACAAGAGAUUCAGUCAGUUACCGCAUCUGAAAACACAUGAGAGGAUUCACACUGGAGAGAAACCGUACAGAUGUGAUCAGUGUCUACAGAGUUUUGCUCAUUUGGUGCAGCUUAAGAAACACAUGGACCAAAAGCUGCACACAUGACAUGAAUACAGCAUAACAUUUUUUUUUAUAUGCAAAGGAGCUUUUGGUCUGGUGUGCACCCCCCUUUGAGUCCUUAAAAUCUCUCUGCGAGUGAUCCUACAGGUGCGGAUACAUCUGUACAGCUCUGCUGCUUCACUGUCCAGUGUGUUCAUGUGGCUAGUGUUGUUGUUUUGGAUAAUGUUCUCUGUCUGACCCACUCAAUGAGAAACAACUCAAUGGGAAGAAACCAUACAUCAAAGAAUCCAGAGCUCCAGGACACGCCCGUAUCCACACUGGAAGAGACAGAUCAUCAUCUACAGCUUAACCUCGCGAAAACGGAAAUGCUUGAAGUUUCUGCCAACUCGACUCUACACCAAAACUUUUCAAUCCAGAUGGACGGGGCAACCAUUACUGCAUCUAAAA